AUGGAUCGUUACCUUUCCACUCACGUUAGCCAGAGGCCGAACGCCAUCGCCAUCGAAGACGAUACCCAGAAAUUGACCUAUAAGGACCUAGGACGAGAAGUCGACAAGCUAGCCUUGGUAUUGAAUAGUUACGACUUGAGCCCCGAGGAGCCGAUUUGCAUCAUAGAGGGAAUCAACUCCAAACUAGUCAUUGCCCAGCUUGCGGUCAUCAAAGCAAGAUUGACCUGUGUGCCGAUCGAGCCAUCGACGCCCAAGCUUCGUCUGAAUGAUAUGCUCGCUGAUAUCGGAGCCAAAUAUAUUCUUUCUGACAAGGAAGACAUUGCCAAUAAUAUCGAUCACACAGUGAUUCCUAUAACAAGCCAGAGUCCUCAUGUUACUUCCGAUGUGCGAAAAGACAGCCAAGUAAACGGUUCGGUCCAUGACCCAGACCACGAAUAUCGCAGCCAUAUUUUGUUCACAUCAGGAUCAAGUGGAAGACCCAAGGCUGUUCAGAUACCAGAAAGAGCUAUUAUUCAUCUAGUGACUAAAACAGCUUGUACGCCGCUGGAACCCUCUGACCGCGUUGCACUUAUCAACAACCCUGGCUUUGAUAUUUCUCUCUUCGAAGUGUUCGGUCCCUUGGUCGCAGGCGCAACAAUGGUCCCCGUACCUCGCAUGGUUGCGACUGAUCCGUUCGCGUUCCGAGAGUUCAUCGCAGAGAAAGCUAUCUCGGUGAUAUUCUUGACGGCGGCGUUACUUUCUAUUACUGGCUUCACCUGUCCUACGGCUUUCCGCGGUGUUCGACUUGUCUUGAGUGCCGGAGAUGUGCCCAGUGUGGCUGCCGUAAAGGCCAUCAUGAAAUCCUCUGCACCUCCAAAACAUCUCUGGAAUACAUAUGGCCCAACAGAAACAACAACGUACUCUACUAUGCACGAAAUUAAAGCUGAAGAGCUCCAGCAUGAUUCCUUAGCCAUUGGUGGGCCAGCUGGGGAAACUGAAUUGUGCCUUGUAAAUGCAAACCUGAAACCCGUUACGAAACCCGGUGAGGUAGGCGAGAUCCUUCUUGGGGGCCCCGGUAUGACCACAGGAUAUAUCAACCGCCCGGAGGAGAACAAAAACAGCUUCGUCACCCUACAUGGAAUCGAAUAUUACCGAACCGGCGAUCUAGCAAGGUAUCGUGUAGCUACACCUGACGUCCUUGAGUUUGCUGGCCGCGCAGACCAUCAAGUAAAACAGGAUGGUUUCCGCGUGGAAUUAGGAGAAAUCGAACAAACCCUCCAUGCAAGCGGGUUGUUGUCCGGUGCUGUCGUACGGCAAAUUACUUCACCAGAUGAACACAAAGAGCCGUUCCUUGUUGCAUUCGUGAUACCUGCUAUUGCUAAUACAGUUCGUGCACGUACACUCUCUGAAUACCUCAAACAGAGAUUGCCAUCCUAUAUGGUUCCGAGGGAUUUUAUCUUUUGCUCGGAGUAUCCCAUGACGGCGCAUGAUAAGGUCGAUCGGAAAGCAUUGGAGCAGCAGUAUCGAGAGAGUCGAGAGAGGCAAGGGGUCGCCAAUGGCGAACAGACAAAUGGCCAUGGAAGUGGCACUGCAAGUAUCGUGAAGUCUCUCUGGUCAUCCUUGCUGAGCAGGGACAACAUCGACAACGAGGAUGACUUCCUUGCACUUGGAGGAACGUCUCUUCAGUGCGCCGCUCUGAUAAAUAAACUGAGGCAUCACUUAGGAAAGACGAUCUCCAUGCGAUCACUUCAUGAGAACUCACGACUUUGUGAUCUGGUUAAUUACCUUGACGAAUUUGCUGAAGGAGGAAAUGCACCGGUCGAAGCAGACAAGUGGAUCGCACACUCCAAGAUCGCCGACUCUCUGCAUGCGGUGCCUGAUUGGCAAGCAGAAAAUGAAGGAAAAGUAUUCAUAUCAGGUGUCACUGGAUUCCUCGGUGUCAAUUUUCUGAGCCGAUUCCUGCGGAUGCCUACAGUCAAAGAGAUCGUGUGCGUCGCACGGGCUAAAAACGGCAUUACACCUCGAGACAGAGUGGAGGCGACGUUGGAGCAAUAUGAUCUCUGGGACCAAUCGAAAUCACAUAUGCACAAACUAAGAGUCUUGACUGGAGAUAUAUCUCUUGAUUUACUUGGGCUCCCAGCAGAGCAGUUUGACUGGCUGGCCAACUGGGCAAGUGUGGUCUUCCAUCUGGCGGCCAAAGUUAACUUCUGCGAUCCAUACCAAGCCCAUUUUGACUCUAAUACACUGGGAACGAAGAACAUGUUAGAUCUUGCUGCUAGUGGACGGCGAAAGGCCUUCCACUUCAUGUGCCUCGAAGACGAGCCUCUUGAGCGCCACGUUCGAGGCUUAUCCUUCGACAUCGGCUAUGCCCAAAGUAAAUGGGUCUCUGAAAUGAUGGUCCGUCGAGCUCGCGACCGUGGUCUUCCCACUGCCAUCUACCGGCCUGGAUUCACCGUCGGUGACUCCCAAACUGGGGCUGGUAAUCCGGAUGACUUCUUUGCACGCUUGAUAGUCGGCAGUAUCAAACUGGGUGCAUUCCCGGUUCUUCCACGCCAGAGAAUGGAGUAUGUGACUAUAGAUUACGUACUCGAUGCUACCCUUCAUAUCGCCUCUCGUAACGAAAACCUCGGCAGAUCAUACAGUCUGGUUGCUCCCGACCCGAAAGACUCGGUGAACCUCGAACAGACUGUUGAUGUAAUCAGGAAGCUCGGAUACCCAUUGAAGCAUAUCCCCUACUGGGACUGGGUUCGCAUGCUACAGAGAACUAGUGAUAUGGAUAAUCCCUUGCUCCCUGUGAUGCCACUACUCCAGGAGCCUGUGUUGAAUGGAAUCACCAGGUUUGAGACAAGUAGGGAUACGCCUCACUAUGAUAGCUCCAACACUGUUGCUGCCCUGAAAGACGCACCGAAUAUUCAAUAUAUGCCAUUCGAUUCCAAGAUGCUGGGCAAAUUCAUUGAUUUCUGGGAGAGCAAAGGAUUUUACAAGAUGCCACAUAUUGGUAACUGA